AUGGCGUCGCUCCUAGCGCCUCCGCAAGCGCAGAUGAGCAGCCUCUCGCUCGCAGCGUCGAGACCUCAGAAUGCCCUCUCUUCGUCUGCCUCCGUCUCUUUCCGCGGGACGGCUCUCGCCUCCUCCCGCCGAGUUGCUGCCACGGCGACUCCCUCCGCCGUCGCGGUGCGCGCGCAGGCUUCCGCCGCCGCCGCCGACGCCGCCACGCAAGAGCGGUUCCGCCUGAACAACCUGGCUCCCCAGCCGGGAUCCCGGCGCCAGGAGAAGCGCAAGGGGCGCGGGCACGCGGCAGGCCAGGGCGCGAGCUGCGGGUUCGGCAUGCGCGGGCAGAAGUCCAGGUCCGGGCCGGGCGUGAGGCACGGGUUCGAAGGCGGGCAGAUGCCGCUGUACCGGCGGCUGCCGAAGCUGAAGGGCAUUGCGGGGGGGAUGGGCGCGGGACUGCCCAAGUAUGUGACGCUGAACGUGGGGGAUUUGGAGGAGAUGGGGCUGGAGGAGGGCGAGGAGGUGUCUCUGGAGAGCCUUAUUGAGGAUGGGAUUCUCAACCCCUCUGGCCGCGACCGCCGGCUGCCUCUCAAGAUCUUGGGAGAUGGCGAAAUCUCCACCAAGGUUACCAUCAAGGCGUCUUCUUUCAGCGAAGCUGCCAGGGAAAAGCUAGAGGCUGCUGGUUGCACACUUGAGGUUUCGUUCGCCAUGGCUGCGUGCCGGCUGCACAUGACCGUCACUCCGGUCGCGGGACUCUGCUCCUCCACUGUUCUGAAAUCCAACUUCGUCGCCUGUCCACGCGUCCUCAGCGGGCCGAUCCGGUCCAACGCUCUCAGCGCUUCAAACGGCGGGAGGAGGAGGUUCGUUGUGCACGCACAUAAGGUGGAGGUGGAGCAUCAGGGUAAAACACAUAUCCUCGAGAUUCCCGAGGAUGAAACCAUCUUGUCCGCUGCAAUUGAAGCUGGCCUCGAUCUCCCUCACGACUGCAAGCUCGGCGUGUGCAUGACGUGUCCCGCGAAGCUGAUCUCGGGUGAGGUGGACCAAUCCGAAGGCAUGCUGAGCGAUGACGUCAUGGAGCAGGGAUACGCGCUGAUGUGUGCGUCGUACCCGAAGUCCGACUGUAAAAUCCGCGUCAUUCCGGAGGAGGAGCUUCUCAGCCUCCAGCUGGUGACGUAA